AUGCAAGUGCAGCGCGUGGGCAGUGAGAAUCGCAUGCAGGCCAGAUACGACGACCGGGACAGCAACAUCUCAUGGUUCAAGCCAGAGAAGGAGCUGCACAUCCGGUCUCAGCAUGAGGUAUCUGUUGAUCCCGUUCCCCAGGAGUGCCCACUCCUCUAUCAGAAGCUGAAGGACUUAGUCCGCGAAGUUGCCAACAAAGAGUGGCCACUCUUCGAGGUGAGCAAAGCUGGGGAACCCGUUUGCACGUACGAGGAUGCUCAGUACACUGUGUACCGAGAGAGCCAGCACUUCCAAGCCUGGCACCAGGAUGCCUUUGAGAAGGGCAACGAUCCCGAGGAUGCGCGACAGUUCACAGUGGUGCUCAUGCUGUCGCAUGCGAGCAACUACACUGGUGGCCGCUUUCAGGCCAAGGUCGCAAAGAGCGCGACGAAACGCAAGGUCACUCAAUGCAUCCCGCUGGAUGCCGGGGACGCCUUGGUCUUCCCGUCGAAAAGGCUAAUGCACCGGGUCACUGUCGUCAAGCGUGGCAGAGGUGGCACCUCCAUGGGUGAAGAUCUUGUCGGGCAUCAGGAAGACGUUGGUGAUGUGGGCUUGGGCCCGGUGUCCUUGUGGCUCCUCUUGCAGGUCUUGUUGUGCUACAUCGCGUGCUUUUCAGUGGAAGGAUAG